AGUCUUUCAAUAUCUAUUUUUGUGAGGGCUCUUGAUCUUUCUGUAGGUUUUUUUAUUUUUUAAUCCCCAUAACCUCAUAGUGUCGACAUGGGUUGCCAAGAUGAUGUUUUGGUACAAAAAGUCUGUGAGUUAUACGAGCAAAUCGCAGGCCUUGAGAGUCUCAAACCCUGCAAAAAUGUCAAUACUUUGUUCACACAACUAGUCGCCACAUGCAUGCCACCAAACCCUGUUGAUGUUACCAAACUUUGCAAAAGGGUUCAAGAAAUGAGGUCUAAACUUAUCAGACUUUGCGGAGAAGCUGAGGGACUCUUAGAGACUCAUUUCUCAACAAUUCUAGGAUCCUUUGAAAACCCUCUUCAACAUCUGAAUAUUUUCCCUUAUUAUUCAAACUAUCUCAAACUUAGCCAACUUGAAUUCUCCAUUCUCUCCCGACACUCCUCCCAUAUCCCCAACAAAGUUGCCUUUGUUGGCUCUGGUCCACUCCCCUUGACUUCUAUUGUUUUAGCCACUAACCAUCUUACAAAAACGUCUUUUUACAACUUUGAUAUUGACCCUUCAGCCAAUUCCAAAGCUCAUGCCUUAGUUUCAUCCCAUCCUGACCUUUCAAACCGGAUGUUCUUUCACACCACUGACAUUAAAAAUGUUUCCAUUGCGUUGAAAGAGUUUGAAGUUGUUUUCUUGGCUGCCUUAGUUGGAAUGGACAAGGAGGAAAAGCUUCAAGUCAUCGAUCAUUUGAAUAAGUUCAUGGCUCCUGGGGCUCUUUUGAUGCUGAGGAGUGCUCAUGGAGCUCGAGCUUUUCUCUAUCCGGUUGUUGAUCCUUGUGACCUUAGAGGAUUCGAAGUUCUGUCUGUGUUUCAUCCCUCUGAUGAGGUUAUCAAUUCAGUAGUGAUUGCGCGUAAAUAUCCAACAAUUCCUAAAAAUUCAUCACGGCUUGAACAGCAACAAGGUGGCCUCAGCAGCAGCCCCAUGAAACUGCCUAGCAAAUGUUCUGAGAUCGAAGCUUUCAAUCCCCUCAACCAUGGAAACAUGAUUGAUGAAUUGACCAUUGAAGAGCAACUCUCAUGAAUUUGAUUUAAUCCCUUUUCUUAUAUUAUGUGUUCGUGAUAUGCACGUCCAACAUCUAAAUAUAUAUGCUAUCAUUUUGUGUCUUUGCAUCUUAAUUUAUGUAUAUGGUGAGAUGACAUGAGUGGAUGCUAGCUACAUGAAUCAAGUUGCUGACAGCAUGCCUCUAUCUUCUCCUUGUUUGUAUUGUAUCUUGUACGUGGAGCUUAUCUUGCACUUGGUAUUUAGUAAGUAAAAAGAAGAAGCAAAAGAUAUAAAGUCCAAGUGAGAAGACCUUACUGUUUGUUGGGUCGUGCAAUUUAUUCAUAUAAAUUGUUUUGUCAA